AUGAAGCCAGCGCCAAUUCUCGCAGCUUUGUUUUUCCUCGUUAUUGGAAACAUUAACGGCGGCAAUAAUAUUAAUCUUGUUUGUCCCGAAAUCGAAAGAGAAGCACUUCUAAGCAUCAAAGCAUCUUUGAAAGAUCCCUCCAAUAUUCUCUCUACCUGGAAUAUUUCUGCUGAUGUUAACUGUUGCAAUUGGAAUGGUGUGGUCUGCAGCAACAUAACCGGUGGCGGCCGCCAUGUUCAACAACUCCGUCUUCAAGGCGGCUUACGUGGCAAAAUGAAUCCUUCUUUGGUCAAUCUCCAGCACCUCAGUUACCUCGAUCUCAGCCAAAACGAAUUCGAAGAAACAAUACCUUCCUUCAUCGGUUCGAUCGCGAGCCUCGAGUAUCUGAAUUUAUCUCGAGCUGGAUUUUACGGGACGGUUCCUCGUAGUAUUGGCGAUCUUUCGAAUUUACGCGUUUUAAUCCUGGAAGGCAACUACGAUGAGAGCCAAUUAUCGGUGCAGCUCAACGUGAACAAUGUGGCACGCGAAAUGGAUGUCGAUAGUCUUGAAUGGCUGUCGCGGCUUUCUCGAUUGGAGCUGCUCCACGUGAAUUAUGUCAACCUCAGCAGAGCCGCCAGCUGGCAACAGGUCAUCAACACACUCCCUUCUUUGGUAGAACUAAAAUUUCGUUAUUGCAAUCUUAAUUUCGACAACGCUCCUUUCAACAAUGGUGUUAUUAGUAAUGUUACUUCUUUAGCAAUACUCGAUCUCUCUCGUAACAACUUUCGGCCUAAUUAUACCAUCCCGGGAUGGAUUUUCCAACUCAGCAACCUCACUUUUCUUGAUCUGAGUUACAACUCUUUUCAAGGUCCGAUUCCAAGAGGAAUUGCUAAUUUGUGCAAAAUUCUAAGGCUAGAUUUGUCUUACAAUAAUCUUGAGGGGGAUAUAUCGGAUUCAUUUGGAAAUGCGUCGGAUUGCUUUUUAGGAUCUUUGGAAUGGCUAGAUCUGUCACGGAACCAAAUCUCUGGAAAUCUAAGUGACCGAUUUUUCGGAGAUUUUAAAAGUCUUAUAGUCCUUAAGCUCGGUUCAAACUCGUUGUCCGGUGCAAUUCCUGUCAAUAUAGUUAAGAUGUCAUCCUUGGAAUAUUUAGACCUCAGCGUUAACAAAUUCACCGGAAAUCUUCCUGAGAGUGUGGGGCAACUUUUUAACUUUCGUUAUCUUAAUAUUAGAGAUAACAAGAUGGAAGGGGUUUUGACUAAAAUCCACUUUGCUAAUCUCACUAAUCUUUACUACUUAUCUGCCUCUUGGAACAACUUCACUUUUAAUGUAGGCCGAAAUUGGAUUCCACCCUUCAAACUUAGGAUACUUAUGCUGAGCUCGUGUGACUUGGGUGAAGGAACUGAGAUUCCCUCGUGGAUCGAAAUGCAAAAGACACAAAUUCACACGCUUGAUUUAUCAAGCACUGGAAUCUCCGGGAAUGUUCCUAGCUGGAUUUGGAAAGUCCGAUUCCUUAACCUCUCUCAUAACCAACUUCAUGGCAGUAUUCCAGUUAUAAGUGACAUUGGACGACGUCAUUACCUAUACUUGAGUUCCAACCAAUUCAGUGGUUCAUUGCCUCGAGUAGCACCUAACGUAUCAGCUCUAGAUCUCUCCAAUAACUCAUUUUCUGGAGGGUUAUCUCACUUUCUCUGUGAAAUGAAUGAAACAUACUCAUUGGGAUUUCUUCAUCUUGGAGGAAAUCAAUUAUCUGGAGAAAUACCAGAUUGCUGGAUGAAAUGGCCAUCAAUGGAAUACUUGAAUUUAGGCAACAAUAUAUUGUCUGGAACUAUCCCAAAUUCGAUCGGGUUUCUUACAGGAUUAAGGUCUUUGAAUCUAUACGGCAACAAAAUUUCAGGCCCAAUACCUUUUUCAAUGAGUAGUUGCACGAAAUUGGUGAAGAUCGGCCUAUCUGAUAACGAGAUUGAUGGAAGCAUACCGUCAUGGAUGGGAACUAGCCUAGCCAAUUUGAAGAUUCUCAUUUUACGCUCAAACAAGUUGAACGGCAAAAUAUCUUCAGGCAUAUGCCACCUAAAUUAUCUCCAAAUCUUGGAUCUUUCAGACAACAAAUUUUCUGGGAUAAUACCUCGGUGUGUCGACAAUUUUACUGCAAUGGCUACAGAAAGAAGUUUGCCCGAAUAUGGCAUUGGAGAACUAGACUAUAAUACGUACAGGGGAUUCUUCCGAGACAGUGCAAAGGUCGCCACGAAAGGAAGUGAGUUACAGUACGACACCAUUCUUGCGUUGGUUACCAACAUUGACCUUUCGAACAACAAUUUGUCCGGAGAUAUUCCAAAGGAGUUGACAAGUCUAGUGGAGUUGAGAUCACUCAACCUAUCAGGGAAUCAGUUGACAGGAUCGAUUCCAGAUAGCAUUGGAGACAUGAAGCAGCUGGAAUCUCUCGAUCUGUCGAGAAACUCUCUGUCUGGAGAAAUGCCGAAUAGCUUCAGAGUGAUGUCAACAUUGAAUUAUCUGAACGUCUCUUACAAUAAAUUAACAGGGAGAAUACCAGAAAGCACUCAGUUCUGGGGAUUCAACGCUUCGAGCUUUAUCGGGAACGAGCUUUGUGGACCUCCAUUGACAAAUAGUUGCAGCAACUCUGGUGGACCGAAGAACAGAGAGGAUAAGUCUUCUUCAAAGAUAGAGUGGUAUUUUGUGUUUCUGUCAUUAGGAUAUGGGUUCGGAUUUUCAGUUGUGUGCACGACGCUUGCGUUGAACAAGUUAUGGAGGGAAGCAUACUUUGGAUUUCUAGAAAAUAUAUGGAACAGAAUUUACUUAUAUUGCUACACUAAAUGGGCAAGGCUUACAAAACCGGCAAGUUGA